GCGCCAGCCCCGUCCCCAGUGGGCCGCCAUGUUGUCGGAGUGAAAGGUAAGGGGGAGCGAGAGCGCCGGAGAGAGAAGAUCGGGGGGCUGAAAUCCGUCUUCAUCCUACCGCUCCGCCCGUGUUGGUGGAAUGAGCGUUGCAUGUGUCUUGAAGAGAAAAGCAGUGCUUUGGCAGGACUCUUUCAGCCCCCACCUGAAACAUCACCCUCAAGAACCAGCUAAUCCCAACAUGCCUGUUGUUUUGACAUCUGGAACAGGGUCGCAAGCGCAGCCACAACCAGCUGCAAAUCAGGCUCUUGCAGCUGGGACACACUCGAGCCCUGUCCCAGGAUCGAUAGGAGUUGCAGGCCGUUCCCAAGACGACGCUAUGGUGGACUACUUCUUUCAGAGGCAGCAUGGUGAGCAGCUUGGGGGAGGAGGCAGUGGUGGAGGCGGCUAUAAUAAUAGCAAACAUCGAUGGCCUACUGGGGAUAACAUUCAUGCAGAACAUCAGGUACGUUCUAUGGAUGAACUGAAUCAUGAUUUUCAAGCACUUGCUCUGGAGGGAAGAGCGAUGGGAGAGCAGCUCUUGCCAGGUAAAAAGUUUUGGGAAACAGAUGAAUCCAGCAAAGAUGGACCAAAAGGAAUAUUCCUGGGUGAUCAAUGGCGAGACAGUGCCUGGGGAACAUCAGAUCAUUCAGUUUCCCAGCCAAUCAUGGUGCAGAGAAGACCUGGUCAGAGUUUCCAUGUGAACAGUGAGGUCAAUUCUGUACUGUCCCCACGGUCGGAGAGUGGGGGACUAGGCGUUAGCAUGGUGGAGUAUGUGUUGAGCUCAUCCCCGGGCGAUUCCUGUCUAAGAAAAGGAGGAUUUGGCCCAAGGGAUGCAGACAGUGAUGAAAACGACAAAGGUGACAAGAAGAACAAGGGUGCGUUUGAUGGAGAUAAGCUAGGAGAUUUGAAGGAGGAGGGUGAUGUGAUGGACAAGACCAAUGGUUUGCCAGUGCAGAAUGGGAUUGAUGCAGACGUCAAAGAUUUUAGCCGUACCCCUGGUAAUUGCCAGAACUCUGCUAAUGAAGUGGAUCUUCUGGGUCCAAACCAGAAUGGUUCUGAGGGCUUAGCCCAGCUGACCAGCACCAAUGGUGCCAAGCCUGUGGAGGAUUUCUCCAACAUGGAGUCCCAGAGUGUCCCCUUGGACCCCAUGGAACAUGUGGGCAUGGAGCCUCUUCAGUUUGAUUAUUCAGGCACGCAGGUACCUGUGGACUCAGCAGCAGCAACUGUGGGACUUUUUGACUACAAUUCUCAACAACAGCUGUUCCAAAGACCCAACGCGCUCGCCGUCCAGCAGUUGACCGCAGCUCAGCAGCAGCAGUACGCACUGGCGGCGGCUCAUCAGCCCCAUAUCGGUGUGUUUUCAGCAGGUUUAGCGCCCGCUGCCUUUGUCCCCAAUCCAUACAUCAUCAGCGCUGCUCCCCCGGGGACGGACCCCUACACAGCUGGACUGGCGGCAGCUGCAACACUAGGUCCGGCAGUGGUCCCUCACCAGUAUUACGGAGUCACUCCCUGGGGAGUCUACCCUGCCAGUCUUUUUCAGCAGCAAGCAGCUGCCGCAGCGGCAGCAACUAAUUCUGCAAAUCAGCAGACUACCCCACAGGCUCAGCAAGGGCAGCAGCAGGUUCUCCGUGGAGGAGCCAGCCAGCGUCCUUUGACCCCAAAUCAGAACCAGCAGGGACAGCAAACAGAUCCACUAGUGGCAGCUGCAGCAGUGAAUUCUGCCCUUGCUUUUGGACAAGGACUGGCUGCAGGCAUGCCAGGUUACCCCGUCUUGGCUCCUGCUGCUUACUAUGACCAAACCGGUGCCCUUGUGGUGAACGCUGGAGCGAGAAAUGGUCUUGGAGCUCCUGUUCGGCUUGUAGCUCCCGCCCCAGUCAUCAUCAGUUCCUCGGCUGCGCAAGCAGCUGUUGCGGCGGCCGCAGCUUCAGCAAAUGGAGCAGCUGGUGGUCUUGCUGGAACAACAAAUGGACCAUUUCGCCCUUUAGGAACCCAGCAGCCCCAGCCCCAGCCCCAGCAGCAGCCCAGUAACAGCCUGGCAUCCAGCUCUUUCUAUGGCAACAACUCUCUGAGCAGCAAUUCACAGAGCAGCUCCCUCUUCUCCCAGGGCUCUGCCCAGCCUGCCAACACAUCCUUGGGAUUCGGAAGUAGCAGUUCUCUCGGCGCCACCCUGGGAUCAGCCCUUGGAGGGUUUGGAACAGCAGUUGCAAACUCCAACACUGGCAGUGGCUCCCGCCGUGACUCCCUGACUGGCAGCAGUGACCUUUAUAAGAGGACAUCGAGCAGCUUGACCCCCAUUGGACACAGUUUUUAUAACGGCCUUAGCUUUUCCUCCUCUCCUGGACCCGUGGGCAUGCCUCUCCCUAGUCAGGGACCAGGACAUUCACAGACACCACCUCCUUCCCUCUCUUCACAUGGAUCCUCUUCAAGCUUAAACCUGGGAGGCCUCACCAACGGCAGUGGGAGAUACAUCUCUGCCGCGCCAGGCGCUGAAGCCAAGUACCGCAGUGCGAGCAGUGCCUCCAGCCUCUUCAGCCCCAGCAGCACUCUGUUUGCUUCCUCCCGGUUGCGGUACGGAAUGUCUGAUGUCAUGCCCUCCGGCAGGAGCAGACUUCUGGAGGAUUUCCGAAAUAACCGGUACCCCAAUUUACAACUACGGGAGAUCGCUGGGCAUAUAAUGGAGUUUUCCCAAGACCAGCAUGGGUCCAGAUUCAUUCAGCUGAAACUAGAACGAGCCACGCCAGCUGAACGCCAGCUUGUCUUCAAUGAAAUCCUCCAGGCCGCUUACCAGCUAAUGGUGGAUGUAUUUGGAAAUUACGUCAUUCAGAAGUUCUUUGAAUUUGGCAGCCUUGAACAGAAGCUGGCUUUGGCAGAACGCAUUCGAGGCCACGUCCUGUCACUGGCACUGCAGAUGUAUGGCUGCCGUGUUAUCCAGAAAGCUCUUGAAUUUAUUCCCUCAGACCAGCAGGUAAUUAACGAGAUGGUUCGGGAGCUAGAUGGCCACGUCCUGAAGUGUGUGAAAGACCAGAAUGGUAAUCACGUGGUUCAGAAAUGCAUCGAAUGUGUGCAGCCCCAGUCUUUGCAGUUUAUCAUUGAUGCAUUUAAGGGGCAGGUAUUUGCUUUGUCCACGCACCCUUACGGCUGCCGAGUGAUUCAGAGGAUCCUGGAGCACUGUCUCCCUGAGCAGACACUCCCUGUCUUAGAGGAGCUUCACCAGCACACAGAGCAGCUUGUGCAGGAUCAAUAUGGAAAUUAUGUAAUCCAGCAUGUAUUGGAGCAUGGCCGUCCUGAAGAUAAAAGUAAAAUUGUAGCAGAAAUCCGAGGCAAUGUACUUGUAUUGAGUCAGCACAAAUUUGCAAGAUAACGACUAUAAAUUGUGGACAAAAUGCCAAAAAUCUUCCUGAAGGCAUUAAGCCGUUUAAGAGAGUGGCCAAGAACAGGUAGAUACCAGAAGGGUUUGGGGGAGGGGAGGGGAGGGGAGGCUUAUUGAUAACUUGGAAGGACAUAAUUGCACUGGGGAAAUCUCCCUGUUCCUCCCCCCCUUCCCCUUUAGAUUUUUCUUUUUGUAUUGCAUUGUAUCGAUAUAUAAUUGACAGAUAAGUUUGUCAAUUCUGUAAUUGUGUAAUUAUGUUGUUAUUAUUAUGUAAGUUUGACAUACAUGGUGUGUUGGUUUGAUACAUUCAUAUACUGCAGUAUGAUUACUGCAGUAGCAUUAGCUAACACCUUUAUCAUGUCAUAAUUAUUUUUUUGUGUGUUGAGAACACCAUUAAGAUCUAGUCUCUUAAAAAAAAAAAGAUCUAGUCUCUUAACGAUGUUUUGUGAUACAGUAUUAUUGACUAUAAUAAUCAGGAAAUUUCCCAGUUUUAAUUGGCUUUUAGCCUGUAGGCAGUUCCUGUUCUGCUCUGGGCUUCUAAAGUUGGAUUAAAAAAUCUCCAGUGUCCCCAGAAGGCAGAGUUAGGGGCAGCCGUGGCAAUGAGAGUGACAGAGUGACAGGGCAGAAAUUCCAGAAAGUAAGAGAACCAGGGAGGGGAAGGCCCACAUUUAAUUUCCCAAAUAUCUGCUUGACUCCUGACCCACAUGUGACGGCACAAACUUGAGGCAGGCCAGCGAAGGCACAA